AUGUUUCUCACCAUAGAGCUGCCGAUGAUGACAGCUGGUGACACAGCCGGGGAGCUCUUCCUCUGUGUGGGUGAGGGCUGCACUGACAACAACACCAACCCCCUCCACCACACCCACAUCGCCCUGGCCUUCUUGACCACAUUACUCUUUGCCACACACCUACCAGAGUGCCUGGCCCCCGGCAGCUUCGACUACAUAGGUCACAGCCACCAACUGUUCCACGUGUUCGGCAUAAUUGGCACUCAUUUCCAGAUGGAGGACAUGGAGCAGGACAUGGUGAUGCGACGCCCGUGGCUCCUCACGUACUCUCUGCCCAUCACCUUCACCAACACACUGGGGGCGGCACUGCUGAGUGUAACCCUCAGCCUUGGCAUCAUCUUCCUCUUUAGUCUGCCUCUGCUCUGGUCAGCCACCCGGGGAGAACACACUGAGAAGAAGACAUAGUCACAUCCAAUAGCCAAGGGCUGCCAGUACCACUAGCACUAGCCAUUAGCCACAUGCUAAUGACAAUGUAUACAGGAUGUAGUAACUGGAUGGUUCAGUUGGUGGAGCAUGGUGCCUGUAAUGCCAGGAUUGUAGAUUUGAUUCACAGGGCCACCCACACGUAAAAUGUAUACAAGCAUGAAUGUAAGUCACUUUGGAUAAGAGCAUCUGCUAAAUGGCAUAUAUUUGUAUUAU